GAUAGUUGGGAGGAAGAAGGGCAAGGUGCUGGCCACUGUUUUGGCCCACCGAAAUGGGGAACAAAACUGCCAUGGUGGAGGAAAGUGGAAGCAAGACCAUUGCUGGUGAUCAUCGGAAAGCCGGUCCAGUGAAAAUUCUGUAUUCAAUCUAUAGUCAUAACAUAAGCAAGCUGAAUCGAACAGUACAAAAAUGUCUAAGAAAAAGCAAAUGGGUAGAGGAGGAGGAGGAUCAUCAUCAACAACAGCAACACCAACAAAUUAUAUGGAUUUCAAGGACCAGAAAAUGGACAUGAAGUCCAUUAUGAAAGAUAUUGAAUCUUUAGUACCCUCACAUAUGACAUGGAGAGAGAGGAAGGAAUUGGAAAACAGGAAGGUUGUUGCUCUUGGUGGAAAGCCUCCCAAAAAGCAGAGGUUACCACUAAGUGUAGCACGAGUUACAAUGAAGAAACAGAAAGAAAGAGACCAGAAAACGCUCCAAGAGAAUUUGAUACUUGGACGAUUUGGAGCGAAGCUUGGCAAUGGUACUAAGAAAGUAGGAGAGAAGCGCAAGCGUGAAGACAUGGUUCUGAAGUCAACUGAAGGUCAUUUCAGAAAUGGUGUUCUGGAUGUGAAGCGUUUGAUGAAACAGUCUGCACCUAAAGAACGUGAUAUCAAUACUUACGCAUUUGAUAAUGAAGGGAAGAAGAAAAAGGGUGGUAAAAAGAACCAAGGAAAGAAGAAAGGUGGUGGUAAAAAGCGUCAUUGAGAACACCAUAACUCUUAAAAUUCUUGUUUGGAAGCAGAUAAGGUUUUCUCCCUCCCUUUUUCCCCCCCUCUUCCUCACUCUUUUAAUGUCAUCUGAGAUUCUUUGGUGUUUGGAUGAAUCAUUGAUUCUCCAUAAACAUCAAUGAUACUGGUCAUGCAAUUUUAGGAUUGCACAGCCCUUGAGCGGCGUUGCAAUGGGUUCAUUGGGUUUACAUUUGCGCUGUAAAUGCAGUCAUAGUGUGGUCUUCAGAAAAGGCCAAAAUGUGUUUGGGCGGAUGGGCUUGAUGUAAGCACAGAUUGGCCUAUUUCUAACUAAAAGUGUAUUUUGGUUACCAUUUUGAUGAUGUAUCAGAUGUCUUUGGUGCUUCUUGUUUAGAAA